AUGGAAUAUCCAAAGAAUCAAUUGACGAUUGAAGGAUCUAAUGUGACCUUUUCGUGUAUUGCAAGUGGUGUUCCUUCGCCCAGGAUCUCAUGGACUAUAAAUGGGACCUCUAUAAAUGUGACUGCUAAUCCGAGAAUCAAUUUAACAGCAGACGGCCAGCAACUGACCGUAACAACUGUGAACAGGACGGACAGCGGAGAAUACAGAUGCGUAGCUAGCAACAAAGUUGGCAACGUGACGUCCAUGGCAGCUAAGUUAACUGUACAAUGUAAGGAUACUAAGAAAUGGUCCAUCUACUUAAACGCAACACAUUUAAAACAGAACUCACGAUGAAAACAAUUACUCCUUAAGAAACACACACACCUAAAGAACAUAACUACAGCUGUACAGCAUGAUAUUUUACUAGCCCCUAAAUAAUGAUUUGGCUAAAGAGAGUAAGUUUUACUUAUGAUAGAUGCUCCUGAGUUCUUCAAAAAUCCAAAGAGUCAAACGACGAAUGAAGGAUCUAAUGUGACCUUUUCGUGUAUUGCAAGUGGUGUUCCUGAGCCCAGUCUCUCAUGGACCAUAAAUGGAACUGCUAUAAAUCCGACCGCCAAUCCUAGAAUCGGUUCAACAGCAGACGGCCAAAAACUGACCGUAACAAAUGUGAAGAGGACGGACAAUGGAGAAUACAGAUGCGUGGCUAGCAACAACGUUACCACAGUGACAUGCAAUGCUGCUAAGCUAACAGUACAAUGUAAGAAAGGAUGCUAGAAUAUGGUCCGUCUACUCAAACGCAAAACAUUGAUGGAAGUUAGAAUUAAAACAAUAACACAUUGUUAAACAACAAACGCACCUUUAGAACAUAACUAAAGCAUCAAGGUUUACGAGCCAAUGAAUAAUCAUUUGGCUUAAGAGUGUACUUUUUUGCUUCUCACAGUUGCUCCGGAGUUCAUGACAACUCCAAAGAGUCAGACGACAAAUGACGGAUCUAAUGUGACCUUUUCUUGUGUUGCAACUGGUGUUCCUGUGCCCAGUCUCUCAUGGACCAUAAAUGGAAUUGCUAUAAAUCCGACCGCCAAUCCUAGAAUCACUUUAUCAGCAGACAGCAAACAACUGACCGUAACAAAUGUGAACAGGAUCGACAGUGGAGAAUACAGAUGCGUAGCUAGCAACAAAGUUGACAACGUGACAUCCUUGGUAGCUACGUUAACAGUACACUGUAAGUAAAAUAGUAGGAACUUUUUUUCAUAUUAGUUUAAUAUUUAUAUAUAACCGGUUUAAGAUUACUUUCUAAAAUUUCUUUGCAACUACAUUUAAUAUGAUAAAAGGGAAAAUUCAGAAAGGAUGAUCAGUUUCCCGGUCGUAUGGAGCUCCUUUAAUCUUUGUGAAAAACGUUACAGUUUUGUGAAACAAUCCUGGUUCCUUAGGCAGCUGCUCAGCUGUAAGUCAUAUUUCAGUAAACAUUUUACAACGCUGAUAUUUUCAUUUCAUGAACCACNUACAGAUGCGUAGCUAGCAACAAAGUUGACAACGUGACAUCCUUGGUAGCUACGUUAACAGUACACUGUAAGUAAAAUAGUAGGAACUUUUUUUCAUAUUAGUUUAAUAUUUAUAUAUAACCGGUUUAAGAUUACUUUCUAAAAUUUCUUUGCAACUACAUUUAAUAUGAUAAAAGGGAAAAUUCAGAAAGGAUGAUCAGUUUCCCGGUCGUAUGGAGCUCCUUUAAUCUUUGUGAAAAACGUUACAGUUUUGUGAAACAAUCCUGGUUCCUUAGGCAGCUGCUCAGCUGUAAGUCAUAUUUCAGUAAACAUUUUACAACGCUGAUAUUUUCAUUUCAUGAACCACGAUCCACAGAUAAGUGCUGUAUUCUAAGGAUUUGCUAGAACCACACUUACGUGUGCGUGACUUGAUGUUUAGUCAAUGUUUACCCGCUUACGUCAUGCACACCAUCUAAAAACGAUUUUCGGCCUGUCAUCAGAUUACAAUUCAUUGAACGGAAGGUCGAGACGAACGAACAUAGCGCUCGCGUGAAAUUUUACUAAUUUUAUAUCAAGAAAGUGACGAUGAGACACUGUUAAACAAGAAAGACUGGUGUCGAUAGCACUGUAUACACCCUGUGAAUUAUGUCGUCUGUGCAGCACCUCCUUGUCUUCUGUUUUGUUUGUAUAUUCAGCGUCUCGUGUCAGGGUAAGUGUUUCGCAAAUAGUACUUAUUGUAGUUAAAGCAAUCUUAUUAUUUUCGUUGUUUUAAAAUCGAUCGUUCAAAUAACAACAAAGAAUGGAACACCAAUGAUACAAUGAGAAAAUUGUCCUUUCAAACAAUCAGAUAUCCCUGGCUGUGAAACUACUACAUGCGGUCUUCGAGGAAGGAACUUGUGGCUCACAGUCUUCGACUACACCUUAGAUUAGCCAUCACGGAAACUAUUAGCGAUUUGUCAUUCGCAUUUUUUACGGAUCUCGUAAUCAAAGUAAAAACGUUUGAAAUUCUUUGCCAUAGUAAUCAAUGUCGUUGUCUAAAACAGCGGAGCAAAAUUCAUUGCCAAACCUUACUAGUAACGAGUAAAUAGAUACCUUUGACCUUCUGUUUUGAUAAGGUCUCAUUUGAUCAAGCAUGAAUUUUUCCAAACAACAAAGAUCGUGAAAAUCGUAUAUAGCAGGCAAGGGAGAAUGAGUCUUCCCUAAUACUAAAGAGUGGUUUCACCCCGCACUGCAUGCCACCAACACACAGUGGGCACAACGCUUUUACUUCGUACAAGGUCGCUUUCGAUACCUGCGAUAGCCCCAUAUUAAAUACUGACCCUUCCAUGCCAUGGUUCUUUCUACUUUUAUAACCUCUUACGAACAACCUUGCUAGUCCCACAGAUAUCAAAAGCCUUACAACUUCUUUCGGUGAUAAUAGGAAAUCCGCUGUCAUACUGACACUUGGCUGCAUCUCUUUGUCACCCUUCAUUUUUUGUCUCCUGAAGGAAGGAGUUCUGCAUGUGAUGUUAGUAAACAGAGUGGAAUACACUUUCGAAUGAUAAUUCGAACGACCAGUUUCGAAGCAAGUACACUUUCUUUCCUAAUUUAGUUGCAAAAGUUUAAAAAGCUGCCGAGUCAGGAUUGUUCUUCUUGUUAACAUGUCUUGAUUCUCUACAAAUCAUUUUGGACUUUCGCAAAGUCAAAUGCAAGUUUUUGACUAAAAUAAUAGUUGUAUUUCUAAUGAUGCAGUUUUGCACAAGUCUCGCGUCGUUUUUUGAGGUGCUGUGCCAUCAAAGCAUUUUUUGUACCGGCAUCUAUGUGUUAACUGCUACGGAGAAUCCACUCCCGGACUCUUACACCAAGUCCAAGGUUCAUAUUAUUCAAAAUGCAUGAAAAUUCAGCCUACUUCAGACUGCUAGUCUUUCAGUCUAUAAAGUUAGAAGAGGCACUAGUCCACGGGUAAGGUUCGUUUAGCUCACCCGAUCUGAUGGAGAGCUGGCUCGUUGGCUAGAAAGUCCAUGAAAAAUAAUCCUGGAGUGAUGGCAAGCAAAUUAUUGCAAAUUAUAUAAUUAUGUUGUUGUUAACCAAGAGCUUGAUUCAAAAGUCUGUGAAAUUAAUCAUUUUUACAUUUUAAAAUCGGGACAAAUAUGUUCGGGUCAUGAAAUGGUAUUUUCUUUUAGAAUUUUUUUUUUCGCCAGCGUUACAUUUCAUAUAGCCUGUGAACAGCAGACGCAUUUCCGGUCGUCGCUUCUCUCCCUCCGAAAAAUAGCUAUUUUUUUUGGAGGGAGAGAAGCGACGACCGGAAAUGCGUCUGCUGUUCGCAGGCUACAUUUCAUAGCGAGUGACCGACUAAAUAUGAGCCAUUUAAUAUAUUAUUUUCAAUUCACUGUUGAAAAUGUAAUAAAGUAAUCUCCUUGAGUGCCGUGACGCAGUCCCUUUCGACAUAUUUUGGCUCCUUCAGAAAGAUUUUCCCAUUUUUGGUGAAGGAUUCAUGUCGGGGUUUUAUUGAGAAAGGAACUCAUUUUUUGUGGAUAUCGCCAACUGUUCAACAUUCGAACAAAAAAGGGAAUUCUUACUCCACUUCCUUGUUUGUCGACAACGACUUAACCUACCCGAAAGUAUCGAUAACACGUCAUGGCUUGGGCUUUAUUUGUCACGCCUGCUUCCGUUUUUUUUUUGAAGGGAUGGGGAGGGGGGGGGGUAGGGGGGGUGGAGCGGAAGGUGAUCAUUCGUCGUGAUUAUCGAGGCGAAUUACUCGAGGACGUUUUUUUGAGGAAAGAGCGCUUUUGUAAGUAUCAUGUUAUCGAGAACGUUUGCAAUAAAGAAAAAAGACAAGACUAAAGUACGUAAGCCAUACUUCACAUGAGCCGAACAUGUAAAAUGUAGGGCCAUCCUUUUCGCUGGCAAUGCAAGACAAAUACAAUUGUCAUCCUAAAUGUUUUAUUAAAAUUCUAUUCAUAUUUUGAUUAACAAAUAAUUUUGCCACGCGUGAAGCUACCCUUUUUUCUUAGUAGAGGACUUACUCGUUGUGCCAUGUAAAUGCAAAUGACCGGAGCUCCUGUCAAUUAGAGUUGUGUUGGAGGAUUAACUAAAACAGGAUGUGUUGGUACUAAAGUUUACAAAAAAAUAAAUUAUGUCUUUUAUAUUUUACUAUUUUUAUUUUGAAAACUGAAAGGUAUUGUGCAUUCAAAUAGCUUCCUCACGAAGCGUUUAACAAGAUAAACAAAUUGAAAUAAAGAUCGAUGUCAAUGUAUUAUUCUCAAAAUUCCCUUUUAGUUUGUCUAUUAUGGUUUAUCUUACAGCGUAGAAGGAUUUAAUAACAGUUUAUAAGCAUUAUAAAAACUGCAGUUUGCAUGACUCUUUCUUCUAUGAUCUGUUUCAACGCUCUUAACUCCUUGCUUUUAAACUCAAGCUUCUCUUUUGAGCUUGCGCAAACUACAUACUACAUGGUAAAUCUCAGGGGCACCCAACGAAAAUAUAGUCUAAAACCACUUUAACAUUGCAUUGUUAAACGUAUUUUAGUAUUUAAACCGUAGAUAUAGGCAUAUUUUUAUCCCCUAAAAAUUUUUCAUCUGUUCGGAUUUCCUAGCUGAAAGUUUAGUGACCCGAAAAUUAUAGGGAUCAAAACUUACCUUUUCGAAAAUUUCAGCCAGAAAAAAGGCUUCCGAAAAUUCUAGAUGACCUUUUUAGGGUAAAAAUCCGUUAAAAAUAGGCAAAUAUACCAUUUUUUGGAUGCUCGAAAAUCCUAGGAGAAGCAGGCAAGCAAGAAAUCUUACAACAGAUGUUUCGAAAAUUCUAGAUCUCAAAUCGUCUUCCGAACAGAUAUUCUUCCGAAAAUUGUCGUUGGGUGCCCCUGAAAUCUAUCAUCAGUGUUAAAAUCCAUCGAAAACCCGGUCAGUGUGUCCUCUGUUCUCUGCUGUUUAAACUUAUUUGAUAGUUUGUACUACGGAUGAAGAACUGACAAAUGACGUUUUCUGUUGGUAUAAUUUUCUUUAGUUUAUGCUUGACCGUUCUUUUGUACCCUUUUAUCAUUGGUUGCCAAAAAUGUCCGAAUUUGAAUUGCAUGAAUUUCAUGCACUGUUUCAAAUUAAUCACUUUUUGUUUCCGUUCUUCAAUCACGAUAAUUUGUCGAAAACCUUUUAGCAUUUGAGAGACGAAAUCUGUCCUUUAGCAUGAAAAGAUGGUCUUUAAGCGUUUGCUGCUUUUACUAACCGCUUUACCGUUUAUAAAGGCUUCAGGUAAGCUGCAUUUUGUAAGUGCUUUGUUGUAUGUUUUGAGAUUGACAGCCGGAGGGAGUCAAACCCAGUACAUGCCAGUUUCUAAAUUUACGAUUUCUUUCACGAUAACGAUAUUUUUCCUGUUUAAAUGAAUCAAUCACAAAAUUAUCAGCUGAAUUAUAGGGUAAAGUUAUUUGAUUUGCUUCGAGCGCUGCAAAGAUUAACAGUUUUUUUAAAAAACUUCCGGGGUCCAUAGGAAUGUUUCGUCUAUGAGAGAACCCGUAUGCUGCAUUUUUUCCUACGCAGUUACGUAGUUAUGUAGGUCUGCAAUUUCGGACAAAUUUCAGCAUUAUUUGCAAUCAUCGAACAAUACUAGCGUUCAUUUAAAUCCUCUCAAAGCGCUUCUUGCCACUAAUGUUAGUGUCAGUUGGGUACUGGUCGCACGUCAUGGGCCAAAUAUGACCGCACUACAUCAGCUGUUUUAUUUACCAUAAAAGUAGAUUUAAAGGCGUCAACAAUGAAUAUUUACUCAGUGGAGAGAUUGUCCUUUAAAUAACUUUGCUCACCGUUUCCGGUUGAGCUUCAAGCUUUUGAAAACUCUCAGAAUUAAGGGCAUGGGGUAAAACUGUUAACUUUUGGUUUGUCCAUUUGAGUUUCAAAUUGAUUUCUUACGCGCAAAUGAAAUUUAAACAGGCUACGUCUUAGACCUGUUAGAGCAGGACCAAAGAUUGCUCACAUCUUUACAGGCACUUAGAGCAAAACCUUGAGUAAGUUUCUUCAGUUUUGGGCCUCAUAUUAUCCAAUUGACCAUGAGACCGUUUUUCAACUGUGAACUUCUACAUAUUGUACGUAAAACCAAAAAAACACCGAUAAAUUCUCUUCAUACUUUACUCAUUAGCCAGUGAGGUCAUAAAGUCAAGCUUGGGUAGCUGCGUGAAAUACAUUUUAAAAAUCAACACGUAUUCUUAACUUGUUAAACAGUGGCUACUUUAUUUAUCGCUUAGUUUUAUUACUAUCUAUUAUUUGUUUCGCAUUUUUGGGGUUUCAGAUUUUCUGUCAAGAAGAAUUCGAUCUGAUCCUUGUAAAAAAGACACCGAAGAAGGAAUGCAUACCGAUUCCUUUAUACUAUAAUCAGCUGAUUUUAUUCAAUAUCGCUUUUUAAAAAGUAGCUAGCUUUCUAACGCCAGUCUUUUUACCAGCGUUACCCUUUUCUAUGUUACAAGGGCCACAUAAUCUAUUUUUUGGAUUUAGGAAAAUUACUUCGCAAUCUCAGAGGUGCCGUGUCUUAAUUUUGUAGAAGGGCUUGCUUAAUUUUGCUUUUAUAAUGCUAUUGUAUGGAUUACGUUUUAAUGAACGAAUGGAGCCGUAAUCCUGAGCUGUUACGUUGUCAAUCCAUUUUGUGAUGCGUGUGGAAUGUCAUUGUGGCUUAUCGGUAAAAACGCUGUAUGUAUAUUACAAAAGUCUCAGUAUUGACAUAUUGAUCACCGAUAUCAUAUAUGUAAAUUUUCGAUUGCUUAUUUCCUCCAAGAAACGCCUAGACACCAGGCACUCAUUCAAAGGAGGCGCUUUAUCGAGUUGGCCGCUACAAGGUAACUUCCAACAAAGAAAAAAAAAGUUUACGUCUAUCGUCUGAACAAUGCACAGCUUUUAGUACUCCACAAAAACAUAGGUACAGUGACAGCCAUAGGCUAAACUGUUUCCCUUCAUUGAUUCCAUUUUAGUCACAAACAAUAUAAUUAUAAAGUGAGAACAAAACAUCAUUUUUUCUUAGUGAUAACCUUACUAUUUUUGGAAGUGAGGGGGGAUGGGGAGGGGGGACGCUUACUCGGGUUGGGUUGCCUGUUUCAGCUGGUUUGAUCGAGGGUGGCCCCUCAUUCAGGGGAGGGCGCUUAUUGGAUUGUGGACUCUUGUUUGAGUGAAUAUACUAGCUAAAGAAAAUAGAUUUUGUGUGCACUAGAAGGUCGUUUGGAUGGCUUGUUUGUAAAACUGUUGCAACAAUAUCGAAUAUGCAUAGCCCUGGGAAAGAUUUGUAGUGGUUAGCUCUAUAAUGCAAUUUUCCCUCUCCUUCCCAGUGCUUUUUUUGUUUGUGAUCAGUAUAUGAUCAAGCACUGCUACUGCGAUAGAAUAACUGAGAUUUGAUGAUGAUAACUAUCGUAGGACUAAAUUGAUUUACGUAAUAGUUGCACUUGAGACACCGGCCCAUAUCGUGGCCGAGGCAGAAAAAUCGAGGAAUAUUUUUCGUCACGUUCCCGUAAGGUAUUCACGUACGUUUGAGCUACCGGUUACGGUGUUCUAGUAUCCACAUUCUUGGCGGUGACCGAGUAUCAUUUCGUAACACUUCCCUUGCCGCCUACAAGAAAAUUGUUCCAUUCUUUCCUUUAGCUAUACGUCUAUUAAAAUUUCUAGCUAGCUACAAGCCCAACACUUCUGUGUUUUAUGAAGGAAACAAAGUAUUAGCACUGCGGGUCUCACAAUGAGUGUUAAAAGACUACUGUUGUUGUUAAUUGCUGUUCCCUAUUCUCAAGAAGGUUAGUGGAGCUCAGCUAACUCUGAGUAUAAUAUGCCGAAGUGAUGAAUUGUUCUGAUAAGUGUGUUGCGUUUUUGUCAAGGCUUGUUGAAUUCCAGUUUAAAAAUUCAAGUUUUAGUUAAAAGCACUUUUGAUCUAAGAGUACUCUGGUAGAACUUCGGAACUUUUCAUGUACCACUGUAGAAAGAAGCAAUUCUGUAGUCACCCACUGCCCAUGCACUGAUUUUAUUUUUUCCAUUUGUGUGAUCUUACAGUCAUUUAAUUGUUCACAACUGCAGUUGGUAAAAGGCAAAUCCGCUUGUUAUGCAGACCGCUUCUGGCGGCCUUGUUCGUUUACCAUUAAUAUAUCAAACUAAAUAUUGUGCUAGGGUCUGAGCCGUAUCACGCUUCAUACAUGGUAUAAUUAGCAAUUAUUGAAUGAGGCUGAGUAGGAUAUGAAGAAUUCUGCAGAUCGAGGAGAGUGUUAUCCACCGAGGCCGAUAACACCCUCCGAGAUCUGUAGAAUUCUUCGUAUCCUACGAAAGCCGAAUUCAAUCAUUUUUUUAUCAUUCAUUCACAAUAAUAACAAUUUUAAAAACAAGCUAAAACGUGCUUACCUUGGUCGAUGUUAAGUUCAUAUUGAUAGCCAUCUUUAUCGGCAAGGUUAGGAGAUGAAGGUCUGUUCAGGUCUGCAAAUAUACUCUGAAUAGCAGAUGUCGUCCGUCAAGGUGUCUUCUUGCUGUUUUUGCUAUGAUUUUAGACAGUACUUCGCCGAGAACCGAGUCAAAUGUUUCGCCGACUUUUCAGCCAUUUUGGUCCACUACCAAAACAACUUAACCUCCUGCCCAGGUUUUCUCGGUCAACGGUUCAAUAAUCUGCAACUUUGGCUGCACUUUUGACGUCAUCGGUUCAAUAUGACAAAAAUCUUUCCAAAUUUGGUUAACAGUAGCUCUUUAUGGUGAAUUAUGCGUGUGCUUUUCGCCAAUCUGAAACGGAGAAAUAUUUUGAAUGAAUAAUAAUGGUGUAAAUUAAAUGACAGGGGUGGAAAAUUGAUUAGCUCUAGUCUAUUUACCAACUUUUUCGGGAACAGUUCAUAAGCUAUAGCUCAAUAGCUCAUUUUAUACACUCGAGAAAUUUAAGUCUUCCAAAUGCAGCUUAAAUUCCUUUAGCGCUAGCAAUCAUAAGGCGCUACCACAGAUUGAAACGAUUGAUGAUUGAAAGGUUAUAACACUUUUUAAAGUGGAAACGGAACGAGUGGAUGAGUGUCUUCUAGUACGAAAAAAGAUCGUGUUUCUUCAGGCUUUUGCAAGAUAAAUAUUAUUCACUAAGCUGAAUAGUUUUAUUUUGUUUGUAGAUAGUUUUCACAUUAAACGACUUUAGUUUGGAGUUAUAUGUGCUGCCUCCAUGUAACAACCUCUUUUAUGUAUUGAAAUAGUAUAUAUAUGUAAGGCCCUCUAGCUAGAUUAACUUUCUAGCUAUUUUCUAGGUGGCUUUAUACCUUUAAUACCUAAGAAGUAUUGUAUUUUGCUCUCUUUUUUUCUGUGUGUGGGGGUAAACUAUUGAGUUCCUGUCUUGUCUUAUGUAGAAGACGCAUCAACUUUAAACAUUGGGCCAGUUAUUUAAACGGACUAGUUUAGCCUGUGUUUGACAAACCCCGUUCUAAGCCAUUUUCAGUUUGGCGAACGGUUUUGUGUCAACUCCAGCUAUCAUGAAAAUUUUCAUGAAAGCAUAAAGCGUUGACUAGAAAAGCAUUUGUCUUCUUAAAAUAGCCCAAUAAAAAAGAGAUCUGGAGGUUCAAAGAUUUCCUAAACCGCGGUCUAAGUUAUUUUCUCAUAUGGCCGAAGCCUAUCCUGGUUUAAGUAGUACAGAGCAAGUAGUGCUAAUUCUACUACUACUCCACCCUGGAUUGGAUGCUACUCCACCGCAUCGUUAUCCCCAGCAUUUAACUGCAGAAAAGAUAAUUAACAAUUAAUGAAUGAGGCCGAGUAUCUUAUGAAGAAUUAUGGAUAUCGAGGAGGGUGUUAUCGGCCGAGGCGGAUAACACCCUCCGAGAUCUCCAUAAUUCUUCAUAUGAUACGAAAGCCGAAUUCAAAAAUUGUUUUAUUAUUCAUUCAAAAUAAUUCCUAGUUUAAAAACAUAGCUAAAACAAGCUUACCUGCAUCGAUGUUAAGUUUAUCUUCGAUAGUUUACGUUUAGGUUUGUCCAGCUCCGCAAAUAUUCUCCAAAUAGCAGAUGUCGCCCUCCGAGCUGUCUUCUUGUUUUUGCUAUGUUUUUAGCCAUUAUUUCAUUAUUUCUCGCCUAGUUCCAGCUGUAGUUUUUACUCUUGAAACGAGUGAAGUGUCCGCCAUUUUAGUUUUUACAACGAAAACAACUCAAUCUCGUCCCUAGGUCUUCUCGGUUAACGGUGCAUUAACCUUUAGAGGGCUGCAUUUUUGACGUCAUUUCCUCGUUAAACACAAAAUUCUUACAAAUUUGGUCAUCAGUAACUGGUUAUGGUGAAUUAUGCGUGUGCUUUUAGCCAGUCAGAAUUGGGGAAAUAUUUUGAAUGAAUAAUAAUCACUGUUAAAUACACAAAUUAUACAGCUGCGAAAAGAAAGCCUGAAAAAUCUCAGGCUUGCCGGGAUUCGAACCGUUGACCUCAUCUGUACGAUUCUGGUGCAGCGCUCUAACCAAUCAUUUUGAGCCAGCAAGCCAACUGGGAGCUGGUCAUUAAACUGGUCGUGAAAUUAAGGUACGGAAAAACGGGCAACAAAAAACGAGCAACUUGUUUCGCUACAUUGCUGCAAAAUGAGUUGAAUAGCGAUGAAAUGUUCCGCGUUUUACCACCCAUGUUCAAACCUGUUAACCACCUGGUUUGUUGUAAGACAGGUUUUAUGGCAGGGUGGUAAAACGCGCAACAUCGUCAUUCAACUCCUUUUGCACGGCAAUGUUGCAAAAAAAGUUGCUCGUUUUUUGUUGCCCGUUUUUCCGUACCCUUAGUGAUGAUCUUCUCUUCAUGUGUUUAUUUCAUCAUCCCGCAAUUCAAAUAUGUGAUAUUCAUACAUUCACAUUUUAUCCCCAGCCUUUUGUGAUGUUUCUGUUAUUCUGUAGCGUCAGAAGGCAACGUAGCCUUCGAGUUUAGGUAUUUGUCGCAGGCUAUCUAAGCACUAAAUUUUGCGAUUGGUCCUGUUUAAUUUUCUCAAUGGUCACCUGACUACCCCCCCACCCCCCCCCCNUAAAAUUUACUCCAAACAACACGUUACUCCACACGUUACUCCUAUAUCUCGUGUUUUUUUUUUUUAAUUUUGUUUUUUGAUUAUAGUUGCGCCUCUGAUUACGACACAACCUCAGAGUGGACCAGUAACUGAAGGUGAUAAUGUGACGUUAUCUUGUAACGCCAGUGGAAUUCCUGUACCGACAAUAAUAUGGACUAGAAAUGGAUCCGUAUUAAAUAACAGUGUUCCCCGAAUAAGUCUUGGAGCAGAAAGUAGAGAGUUGACGAUAACGAAUAUAAGCAGAGCUGAUAGCGGAGAAUACCGAUGUGUAGCAAACAACAGUGAGGGGAAUGUUACUUCUGAUGCUGCUACGCUAGAUGUCAAGUGUAAGUUUAAAUUAUCUGUCUGUUUUUCAAUCAGUACAGGCUGGGUCUGA